GACAGACACUUGGGGAUCCCUGCAACCCGCGCCUGGGGACUGACUGACUGACUGACUGACUACCUGUGGCCCGCGAUGUGUGACAGCAAAUGCGCUGGAGGAGCUUGUUGUGCCUGGUUAAGUCAAUCAAUCGCAGUUGCAGUGUGUUACGACGGGGGGCACUGGUUGUUCCAGAUCUGUCACUCUCGGUAUAUGGGUCAACGUGGCGGAUACUUGCCGCAUGAGCGAUACCGCAUGGUACCUGGUUAAACUAUGUAAGUGUGGAUUACCUGGACGUCGCGGUUCAACCGCGUGAGUGAGUAUUAUCCGGAGGUCGUGCUUAGACCAUUAAGCGUGGGUAUCAGGACGUCGCUGUUAAACUAUGUAUGUGUUGACAUCGCAGUUAAACCAUGUAUGUGUUGACGUCGCGGUUAAAUCAUGUAUGUCUUCACGUCGCGGUUAAACCAUGUAUGUAUUGACGUCGUGGUUAAACCAUGUAUGUGUUGACGUUGCGGUUAAACCAUGUAUUUAUGUAUUUAUUUAUUUAGGCAUUUUUAUAUAGCGCUUAUCAUAAAGCUCUAAGCGCUUUACAAUUAUUAAAACAUGUAAACUAAGUAAAUACAAAUGAGACACUAGGAUAGUAACUACUAUUCUAUAGAAACAAUGAAAAUGGCUAUAAAACGAGGACACUUUGACACUUCAGGAUCAACCCGAAACAGAAAAUGUGUUGACGUCGCGGUUAAACCAUGUAUGUGCUGACGUCGCCGUUAAAAAAGGUAUGUCUUAACGUCGCGGUUCAUGCAUAUAUGUGUGGGUUGAAAGGACAUCGCGGUUAAACAUGUACCUGUGAGUUAGAUGGACGUUGCUGUUAAGCCAUGGGAGUGUUGUGUAUUCCAGUUCUAUUGUUAUGCUGUUGACGAACUUAUAAAAAGUGUCUGGUUGUUGUUGAGAAAAUGUUGCAUUCACUGAGAAGUUUUUUCAUAAAAUGUUGCAUUCACUAAGUAGUUUUUCAGAAAUUAUUGCCUUCACUAAGUAGUUUUUCUGAAAGUGUUGCAUUCACUAAGUGAAUAGUGUAACUAAUAUUGUGCGAAAAGUAGAAUUUCUAAUUCCUUCAGAGCGCCAACGACCUUUCAGUCUAUCUGCUUUAGCUCAUUUAUUUAGUAUAUACUUUGUGUGUGUUCUUCUCGUGCCAUUGAAAAUAGUUCUGCUUGCCUAGCCUGGCAUGCAUGCCGUAGAUCAGAGCUCCGCAACAUGUGUGCCGCGAGACCAUGUAAGGUUUGCCGCGGCAAAAUUCCUCGAAUGGUCAAUAAUCGGCUUAUGAGAUGUCCAACGUUGUAAUCAAGUAGUACGAUACAGCCCAAUUGCAAGUUUAAAUUUGGCGGGUCACGUGAAAAAAAAAAUUAUCUUCUCAUUGUGUCCGAGGCGAGCAGUAAGAUAAUUCAACUUCCUUUUUCUCGCCUCAGAUUCCACGCUUUUCACAGCAUGUACUGCGUAAAUUCUUCUGCUAGGAUUUCGAUUGUUGGUAGUUAAAAAAAUUCUUCUCUGGAAAUAUUUCAUCACAAAUGAAAACAACCAACACACACAUACACCUUAAGCCCUCACAUCUGUUUUGUUGACACACACACCUCAAGCCCGCACACAUCUGACAUUUUGACACACACACCUCAAGCCCCCACACAUCUGAUAUGUUGACACACACACCUUAAUCCCCCACACAUCUGAUAUGUUGACACACACACCUUAAGCCCCCAGACAUCUGAUUUCUUGACACACACCUUAAGCCUCCACACAUCUGAUAUGUUGACACACACACUUUAAGCCCCAAAACAUCUGAUAUUUUGACACACACACCCUGAGCCCCCACAAAAGCUCUGACGUGACGUCACAAGGAUGUAAAAAUAACAACCAAACAUAUACUGUAAAAAUAAUUUUAAAAAAACUCAUUUUGCAUAUGAACAUAUGGUUUAUGCGUUCACGUGUAUGCAGUUUACACAGACACCACCAAAUAUGUAUCACAUACACUGUAAACGCUAUGAAUGUACAUUAGUGUACACUAAAACUAUUCACACCUUCACUGGCUGUUUUUAACCUCUUGUACCCACAGGUAUCUAUCCUCUCGCGUCGCGAUAAACUCCACGUUAUAUAUUAGAGUGGUCAAAUCAAAUUGAAAAGCAAGGUCUUGUGUUAAAAAAUCUGAACCAAGUCUAUUUACAAUUCUUAUGAGCAUAAUCACGGCAAAUGGCUACAGAUAACUCGUGUAAAAUAAUAUGGGGGGGGGGGAGCAACAAUUUAAUACGUUUUUAACGGCAUAAUGAUCAUAUUUAUUGGCGUAUAACACGUACAGGCAUAUAACACACACCAUUCGCGCCGCUAUGCUGUAUGUACUAUGGGUCCUUAGCAUUAUAUCGGCAUAUAACACGCACCAUUGGCGCCGCUAUGCUGUAUGUACUAUGGGUCCUUAGCAUUAUAUCGGCAUAUAACACGCACCAUUGGCGCCGCUAUGCUGUAUGUACUAUGGGUCCUUAGCAUUAUAUCGGCAUAUAACACGCACCAUUGGCGCCGCUAUGCUGUAUGUACUAUGGGUCCUUAGCAUUAUAUCGGCAUAUAACACGCACCAUUGGCGCCGCUAUGCUGUAUGUACUAUGGGUCCUUAGCAUUAUAUCGGCAUAUAACACGCACCAUUGGCGCCGCUAUGCUGUAUGUACUAUGGGUCCUUAGCAUUAUAUCGGCAUAUAACACGCACCAUUGGCGCCGCUAUGCUGUAUGUACUAUGGGUCCUUAGCAUUAUAUCGGCAUAUAACACGCACCAUUGGCGCCGCUAUGCUGUAUGUACUAUGGGUCCUUAGCAUUAUAUCGGCAUAUAACACGCACCAUUGGCGCCGCUAUGCUGUAUGUACUAUGGGUCCUUAGCAUUAUAUCGGCAUAUAACACGCACCAUUGGCGCCGCUAUGCUGUAUGUACUAUGGGUCCUUAGCAUUAUAUCGGCAUAUAACACGCACCAUUGGCGCCGCUAUGCUGUAUGUACUAUGGGUCCUUAGCAUUAUAUCGGCAUAUAACACGCACCAUUGGCGCCGCUAUGCUGUAUGUACUAUGGGUCCUUAGCAUUAUAUCGGCAUAUAACACGCACCAUUGGCGCCGCUAUGCUGUAUGUACUAUGGGUCCUUAGCAUUAUAUCGGCAUAUAACACGCACCAUUGGCGCCGCUAUGCUGUAUGUACUAUGGGUCCUUAGCAUUAUAUCGGCAUAUAACACGCACCAUUGGCGCCGCUAUGCUGUAUGUACUAUGGGUCCUUAGCAUUAUAUCGGCAUAUAACAUGCACCAUUGGCGCCGCUAUGCUGUAUGUACUAUGGAUCCUUAGCAUUAUAUCGGCAUAUAACACACACCAUUCGCGCCGCUAUGCUGUAUGUACUAUGGAUCCUUAGCAUUAUAUCGGCAUAUAACACGCAGACAUCAUUUGCCCCCUAUUUUCAGGGAGAAAAUGAGCGUGUUAUACGCCAAUAAAUACUGUAAUUGCAACUUCACAAUUUUACCAUUUUCGGUCUGCUUUUUUCCUUUUUUUCUUCUCUGCUAAACCUACCACCAUUUUACCUUAACUUCCUACAAUUUUACCUUAACCUCCUACCAUUUGACCUUAAGAUUCUAUCCAUUGAUCUUAACAUAAUAUAAUUUGACCUUAAACUACAACCCUUUGAACUUAACCUCCUAAUCUUUGACCAUAACUUUCUAUCCUUUGUCCUUAACUUAUAACUCUUUGACCUUAACCUACCACCCGUUGACCUUAACAUCCUACUCUGACUUUAAAAUCCUACCCUUUGACCUUUUCAUACUACCCUUUGACCGUAACCACCUACUCUUUGACCUUAACCUCCUACCCUUUGGCCUUACGAUUCUCUUAUUUGAACUUAAGAUUCUCCCCUUUGACCUUAAAUUAUAACCCUUUGACCUUAACCUACCAACCGUUGACCUGAACCACCUACUCUUACCUUAAGAUUCUACCCGUUGACCUUUUGAUAUUACCCUUUGACAACCCGUUGACCUUAACCACCUACUCUUUGACCUUAACCUCCUACCAUUUGGCCUUACCAUUCUCUUCUUUGAACUUAAGACUCUACCCUUUAACCUUAGCAUACCAUUCUUUAACCUUAACAUACUACCCUUUGACCUUAACCAACUAUCCUUUGACGUUAACCUCCUUCCCUUUGAACUCAAGAUUCUACCCUUUUCGACAAGUCUUCGACUUACCACCAAAUCAACUGUCCUCUCCCUUCCUCCGACCUCUUCUUUACCCCAAGCCAUAUCAUUCCCCCCCCCCCCCAAAAAAAAAAACAAACAAAAAAAAACAACAAACACAUCUAUUUAUUUACACGGAUACUAGCUGAUAAGCAUGAUUUCCCCUUAACACUUCCUGUUAGAAAAAUCUUGGAACUAACAAAUAAUUGAUCCACAACAAAUGUUGAGUUUUGGAGAAAAAAAAUACCUACACUAUAUGCAACGAUUGCAACUGAUAUCCAUGAACAAAUAUGUGACAAUACAUGAUUUGACAAAGAGCGGCAUUAGACUGCUACAGUGUCUCUACAACAUUUUUUAGAGGCUUUCCUUGACAAUAAUGACGUAAUUCCUAUCAGAUAGAGGAAAGAGGGCUAUUUUAUGUUAUUUCGAGACUGAAAAGCCAUCACGAAAGAUACAGAGACAGUUAUUCGAGACCUGUUACUAGCCCUGAGCCCUAAAUGCAAGCUAGGAAAUGACAAUGCAACCAAUUGUAGAUCACUUUGCCAAGUCCUGCGACAACUACGGCCUCGCCAUCAAUAACACCCCAACCCCCUCCCAACCCGAGAUCAAGCACCAGCAAGGUCCAGGAAGAGAAGUUUAUGUUUCUUCAUCUUUCAAUCGCCAUGCGCCGCGGAAAUCUGGGAAGGGUCUAGGUGUGCCGCGGAAAUCUGUGGGAAGAAGUUCUUGGUCUUCCGUGCGACCGAAUGGACGGGAGACUUAAUAAAGCCAGUUUUACCAGUUGAGCUAAAGACGCCCGAAUGCACUUCUGUUACGAGGAAGAAGCUAAAACACGCUGUAUAAAAAAAAAAAAAAACUGCUGACGUAUCGAUCCCUUGAAAAAAAAAUAGAUUACAAGAUAAACACCGAGGACAAAGCGAUAGCGCAACAACACAUGUCCGUGGAAAUAUCUUUACUACUAAGAAAGACCCGUGUGUUUUACCAGUUGAGCUAAAGACGCCCGAAUGCACUUCUGUUACAAGGAAGAAGCUAAAACACGCUGUAAAAAAAAAAAAAAAAACUGCUGACGUAUCGAUCCCUUGAAAAAAAAAUCGAUUACAAGAUAAACACCGAGGACAAAGCGAUAGCGCAACAACACAUGUCCGUGGAAAUAUCUUUACUACUAAGAAAGACCCGUGUGUUUAGAAGGCUGUUUCACUAUAGAAGACUAUUUGCUUGUAAAAUGCUGAUUUGGGUAUAGAUGAUAGCGGCGUUGCUAUGGUUAGUGGCACUCUGAAGUUAUCCGAAAAUGCCGCCACUGCAUGUAAAUAUUUUAAAAAAGUAUCACCAGGAGACGACUGCCCACUACCCAUCUUUCAAAUUAAUGGUAUCGUCCUCCAAAUCAUAUUUAUAUUUCCGAAUAACGGCAGCGAGAUAUGAUGUGAAGGCGGGACCAAUCUAUUCGCUCUCUUCUCGCCGAAAAUAUAUUUUUUGCUAACCGGUCGUACAGAAAGAAAACCUGUUUUGGGGUGUAUAGAACAGUGGUUCUCAACCUGUGGGUCGUGGCCCAUACACAGGAGUCACCAAAGCCAUCCGGAAAACACAUAUUAAUAAAGUAUUAUAGAUGGGGUCACCACAACAUGAGGAAGUGUGUUAAAGGGUGACGGCAUUAGAAAGGUUGAGAACCACUGGUGUGGAAGAUUAAAAACAUGGCAAAUGUCGAAUGAAACCGGAUGAAAAAGAAAACGCAAUAAUCGAGUGAAAUACGGUAUCGGUCGGCUGUAUUGCAGGACAAAUGGUAAAACCCAGGCAGUUAUUUUAGUGUUACACUUAGGGCGGUCUUUGACGUCACACAGACUCUUUGCCACGCAAUUACAUCAAGCAACGAGCUGUAGAUGGUCAAACAAAAGUUGGCAGGAAAUAGGGCACCCGAAACUGCUCCUUUGGGUCCUUCUUCUACGCAGACCGGUUAGGGUGUGACAACAGACAGAUAAUAUGCCGUAGCAGCAAAGCCAGACACAACUCUAUUUAACAACAGACAGCUGAAUUAUUUAUGAUGAUAAAUCAAUGAGAUGAGGGGGGGGGGGGGGGGGGGCUAAAAAUCGAAAUGCUGGUACAUGAAUGUAUUCGGACAGUGCUCAUAUGAAGGUUGAGGUGGGGGACAACGAUAUCUGCUUCACGUUGUUAUAACCUAUUUAUCCUCUACACACUCGAACUUAUUGCAGUCUUCGACAUGGUCAGAUAGUGCUCUAGUUUCAACUUGAUAUAAUCAGAUAUUGUCCUAGUUUUAACUUGAUGUAAUCAGAUAUGUUCCUAGUUUCAACUUGAUAUAAUCACGUAUUGUCCUAGUUUUAACUUGAUGUAAUCAGAUAUUGUCUUAGUUUCAACUUGAUAUAAUCAGAUAUUUUCCUUGUUUAACUUGAUAGAAUCAGAUAAUGACCUAUUUUCAGUUUGAUAUAAUCAGGUAUUUUCCCCAGUUUUCUCUAAGAUCGAAUCGAUACGGGAAUGGCUAGAAAAAUAUAUUGUCUUUAUUGUUUCAGUAUUAUUUCUCCCCCCCCCCCCCCCCCAAAAAAAAAAAAAAAAAAAAAAAAAAAAAAAAAAAAAAAAAAAAAAAAAUAAAAAAANUGGAAAACACAAAUUUAUGAAGUAGCAACGAAUGUAAUUUUAAGGUUUGGGGUAACCACAGCAUGAAGAAAUGUAUUAAAGAGUCGCGGCACUACUGUUAUAGAUUGAUCGAUUAAGAAAAGAGUACAUUUUAUUUAAAUGCAUUACUUUUAUCAACAUGUAUUUGUUUAACAUAAUAUAGUAUACAUUGUACACUUUUAAAAUAUCAUAAUAAAAUACUACCAUAAUUUAUUCCUGUUGUGUGUGGUGGAAAACGUCUUAAAUAUAUACAUAUAUAUAUCAUCAACAUAAACCUCUAUCUAUAGAUCCUUAAUGUGUGUCUAUCCUGCAGUCAUUCUCUCUCUCUCUCUCUCUCUCUCUCUCUCUCUCUCUCUCUCUCUCUCUCGCUCUCUCUUUCUCACACACACACACACUCUCUUACUCUUUUUCUUUUCUCUCUUAUUCUCUAUUAUCUCUCACAGGAAAGUGGAUCUCAUGGAUCGAACCAUUUCCCAUGGCUCAAAAUGCUUCAUAAUUACCGAAAUUUCAUUAUUUAUGACACACUACAUCCAGUUACUUCAUAGGGGAUAGGUAGCAUUAAAUCUUGUGCCGAAUAUUUUAAUGCGCGUCUCGUAUUGCGCACCGAAAAUUGGUCCACGUUGGUGCUACAGGGAAUUUGUAUCUUCUAUGAAAACGAAAACAAUGGCCGCAGGUCAAAAAUGAUUUUUUUUUUAAUGUUAAGCUUUCCAAGAUCUAGCAUUCUUUUGUACCGAUCUCAAGCUUUCCCAGAUCUAGCAUUCUUUUGUACCGAUCUCAAGCUUUCCCAGAUCUAGCAUUCUUUUGUACCGAUCCCAACUUCUAAACGUGGAUGCUAAUUGUAACCACAGCGAUGCGCCAUAUCAGCAAGAAAAAGUUGCGUGUGUACUAGCAACUUUAGCGCCAUUUUUUUUCUCUAAAUCGGCUUUCUUUAUACUUUAGUGGAGACUGCUCAUUAGUGUACUACUAGCCAAUAUACCCGGCGUUCUCGGGUUUGUAUUCGGAAAACAAAAAUUCUAACGAGUUAUAAGCGCACGCGUAAAUUUAGGGCCCCGCCAAAAACGAUUCCCAUAAGCACCAAUUAAAAUGUAAAAUUUUCUCCUUUAAAAAAAGCCAGAUUUUUAAUAACUCAGGCUAACAUUGUAUUCGGGGCCCAUAUCGUAUCAGUUGAUAUUCAAGCCAAGCGCCGCCAAAAAUAUCAUGAUUAAAAAACAAUUCUAACUUUUAAAAGAUGUCUUAUAAAAAAAACAAAAGGUCAGUUGAUCAAUUGAAAUGGUAUAGAAGAUCCAGUCGAAAACGGGAUCAUUUCCGAUAAAGGUUCAAUAACAAUGCAUUCAGAUACAAUUCAAGUUAAAUUUUUCAAAUAUAAUCCAUUAAAAACCGAAAGGAAUUUGACAAGGUUUUGCUUUUGUUAAAAUAUUUGAUAUCGACACCCCUGUGCAAAAAUAUCUCAAUUUUUAAACAUUUCACAGCAGUGCUUAUUUUAGGUUUGCAUAACGACCAAAAUUUAUCUCAAAAUGUGUCAAAUGAAAUUUUUUUUGAAAAACGCAAGAGAUAAAGCGCUACAUUUCAAAUAACAUUGCGCUUACCCCCCUCCCCCCUCCACCCAAACCCCUUACAGAUAGGUGACGUUUUCAUUAUAACAAAGAUAGCGACUCUAAAUAACUCAUCAGAAAAAUUAGUCAAGUUGAAAUGUAAAAGUUCUCCCCUUCAAAUCGGUUAAAAAAUUUGGAAGAAUGGGAAUACGGAAAUGCGAGUCCAUGGCCCCGACCACGGUGAAUGGCAUGAGUUCAAAACCCUACAAAUUUUCAAUAUAAAUUUUGAAAGGUAUUUGCGCCGAAUUUGGUCUUGAUCUCUCCAUUUAGUGUAAUGUUAUUUACAUAAAUAAUAUAAGAGAAAGGGGGAAAAAAUAAUUUGUCCUUCAGAUUUUUCUCUAGCCCUGUCAUUGUCAUUAAAAAAUAAAAGUAAUCAUGAUAAUUAAUUAAACUAAUUUAAACUACAAGUCCAUUUUUUUUUUUAAUUUUAAAAUUAAUUUGUUACUUUUGUAGACGGUUUAAGACCUGGCAAAAAAACAAAAAAAAAAAAAAACAGUUGAGAAACCUUGAUUUAGCGAGUCGUUGUACAGACACAGUAAGCUGCUGAAGAAAAAAAAGUUGUUAUCAGUUUCUGUAACUCAAACACUACCCCUUGCUUGUCAAUCCCCUCAGAUGCCACGGCCAAUGGAUGACCGGACCGGCGAGCUUGUGGAGACGCCCGUGGUCGUCAUGCUGCUGGUCCUCAUGUGUUCAGUCAGUGCCCUGUGGGCAGUGUCGUGCAGCUGGAUCAGCGGCAGGAAGAAGAGGCAGAGGGUCGCAGACAACGCCGAUGUUGACGAUAUGGUGCUGCAGAUUGCCCGCCCCGUCAGUAGGUAAUUCAAAUAAAGUCUCAGAGUGGCCAGGGGGGGGGGAGAGGGUUAUAUUUCCAGAAAGACAGAGGACCCCCACCCAAUCAUUAGGUAAUCUAUGAGAGGUCUGAAAUUUGCGGGUGAGGUCGUUUAAAAUGUGAGUCAGGAGAUGGCCCAGAUUAGGUAGUUCAUCUUAUGUUCAGUUUGGCGAGUGAGGGUGUUCACCUAGCCAAUAUGUAAUUCAUGUUUUAUUUUCAAUUUGGCGAGUGGGGGUGUUCACCUAGCCAAUAGGUAAUUCAUGUUUUAUUUUCAAUUUGGCGAGUGGGGGUGUUCACCUAGCCAAUUGGUAAUUCAUGUUGUUUUCAAUUUAGCGAGUGGGGGUGUUCACCUAGUCAAUAGGUAAUUCAUGUUAUUUUCUUUAGUCAGCAAGUAAUCCAUCUAAAGUUUCGGCAGGUAGGGGGUGGGGGGGGGGAAAUAGAGGCGGGCACAGGGUUGGACUAAAGAAGCUGAUCCGGCCCAGCCAACAGACACUUCAUGGAAAGUCACUGUUUAGUAUGGGUGUGGUUGUGGGGUGGAAAAGGAGGGGGCGCGGGGCCCCUAGCAGUGAGAGAGUAAUAAAUUGCAGUACCUUUUUAGAACCCUAGAUCGUGGGGGGGGGGGGGGGGGGGGGGGGGGGGGAAAUAGAGGCGGGCACAGGGUUGGACUAAAGAAGCUGAUCCGGCCCAGCCAACAGACACUUCAUGGAAAGUCACUGUUUAGUAUGUGUGUGUUUGUGGGGUGUAAAAGGUGGGGGCGAGGGUCCCUUAGCAGUGAGAAAGUAAUGAAUUGAAGUUCCUUUUUAGAACCCUUGAAUAAGGAAUUGGGUUUCAAAUUCGACAGCUGAGCGCAUCCCAGGCAAUAGUUAUUAAAUAUAAGGUCUAUUUUAGGGGUACGUAAACGUGUACAGUUCCAAGAUCACUUACCAGAUAAGAUAAAUGAGUUUCUUUUGGAAUGACAGUGCUCCAAGGUCAUCUUCUGGACCCGUUGCACUGUUUCCAUACGUUUUAUUUGUAGAACCCAUGUCAAACCUCUCUUAAGCUCAUUUCAAACCCUAUUCCUUCAAGAAAUGCGUGGCUUCAACUGUUUCUUAUUGGAUAUGCUUCGGCGCUCACUCUUCUUUCACUGUAAAACCUGGGGUAAUCCCUUGGUAAAUAUAUACGGUAUCUAUUUUGGUCAACAUUUGCACCGGUUGCCCAAAAUUUCUGGAUCCGCUACUAUCCAUCGGUGUCACUGAUCCAAAUUCCCUAACUCAUUAAAUUAUUAUCCAUUUUCGGCAAAAGCCCAUUGUGACCUUUCUUUCUUUUUUUCUUUUUUUUUUACAUUGUUAAUUUAUGAUAAGAUUUUUUUUUUAUAUUAUAGUUGUUUUUUUCAAAUUUUUUUUAUUGCAGCUCCAAAAUCAGGGCACUUGACAGAUACUCGGUCACAGAGCCAACGAUAACCAGCCCCACGGAUAACUCAGGAAGCCACGUUGCGAUUUUGCUGUUGCCCAUCAUCGUCAUCACCCCGCCGUCGCCUACCAACCCCUUCGUCGACGUGUCGUCUGUGAAGUCAGACUCCAGCAUAGGUUCGGCAGACGACCUCCUGCAGUGUGGCGCCGACGACUUGGCGGAGGAGGACUUCUUCCCCGACAGCUCGGCCAUGGACGCCGAGGUCUUCGGGUUUGGGAAAAGGCCAAUAAUCCGCGAUUCCAUGCGAAAUAAGCUUUCCUGCUUGAGUUCUUCCCCUUCUUUAGACUCGGACGUUGCAAACGCUGUCUACGAACUCCCGUCUUUGGUUGACGGCGCGGGUCAAUUGUUUGGAUCUUCUAGUGCUGCACUCGAUGACACUCAAAGAAAGAGCCACACCCUGACGCUAGACAUUGACCCACCUGAUGACCCCGGGGUACUCCUAGCUGUGUCUUCAUUCGUCGUGGAAAAGGACGUGUCUUUCUCAUGCGUGGCGCUACCUGAUGAUGCUGUCGACACCAUCCCACCCCCACCGACACUUCACUGUGCUGAUCCGGGGACGCCAGAUGUAGAACUAGAUAUUUGCUUGUCACAUCAUCUAUGACUGGAGGCUUGGUUGUGUUCUAUGACUUGAGGCUUGGUUGUGUUCUAUGACUUGAGGCUUGGUUGUUUCCUAUGACUGGAAAAUUGCUGUUUUCUAUGACUGGAGGCUUGGUUGUGUUCUAUGACUUGAGGCUUGGUUGUUUCCUAUGACUGGAAAAUGGCUGUUUUCUAUGACUGGAGGCUUGGUUGUGUUCUAUGACUUGAGGCUUGGUUGUGUUCUAUGACUUGAGGCUUGGUUGUUUCCUAUGACUGGAAAAUGGCUGUUUUCUAUGACUGGAGACUUGGUUGUUUUCUAAGACUGGAGGCUUGGUUGUUUUCUAAGACUGGAGGCUUGGUAGUUUUCUAAGACUGGAGGCUUGGUAGUUUUCUAAGACUGGAGGCUUGGUUGUUUUCUAAGACUGGAGGCUUGGUAGUUUUCUAAGACUGGAGGCUUAGUUGUUUUCUAUGACUGGAGGCUUGGUUGUUUCCUAUGACUGGAGACUUAACUGUUUUCUAAGACUGGAGGCUUUUUUGUGUCAACAUGAAGCGGACAUACAUAUGAGUAUGAAUAUAUGGAGGGAAAACUGUUAAUCGGUUUUAUUAUAUGACUUAAAUGAAUAUUUUUUUUUCUUAUUUUGAUUUGAAAGAUAUGCAAAGGAAAUUAAGCAUUUUUUUUUUUCAAAAGCGAUUACCCAAGAAAAAUUAUUUGAUUUUUGUAAUUGUGCCAAUAUUUGUAUAUGUCAAGCAAUUUGAAUGUUUGCAAAUGUCUCUAUCAAGUUGUCUUUUGACCGUGCAUUCAAGAAGCUUAAUUUUUGCAGUGUGUUGAAAAAUAUGUUUAUUUUCCAUAGCCAAGAUGAAUUUUGCUGUGUGUCCACAAGUUGAAUGUUUGUUGUGUGUAAACAAGCUGAAUGUUUGUUGUGUGUAAACAAGUUGAAUGUUUGCUGUGUGUCAACAGGUUGUUUGCUAAAAGAUAAGAAGUUGAAUGUUUGCUUGUGCGUCAACAAGUUGAAUCUUUGCUGUGUCAAAAAGUUUAACGUGUGCCCUGUGUCAUGGAGCCGAGUGCUUGCCGUGUGUCAACAUGUGAAAUGUUUUCCAUGUGUUAAGCGGUUAGAUGGUUCCCACUGUGAAUGCUUGCUUUAGGACAAUCAAUGUAUUCAGUGACAUGAAGUUGCGUGUCAA